AUGGCUGCCGAGAGCUCACGGUCGUGCCGGAGUCGGUCGUCUGCGCAGAAGAGGGAGCUUGUGUGUGGACAUGGAGAGAGACCCGUGCUUAGGAUUUCCGGAACGAGGAACAACCCUGGACGACGAUUCUGGGGCUGUGUCUACUAUGAGAUCCAGGAGGAGUGUGAUUUCUUCCGAUGGGCAGACCCAGAAGCAGAGAGUGAGGAUCCCCAUGUUGCAAAGAUGAAGAGGAAAGUUGUUGCUCUGAAAGCAAAAGUGAGGGACACUGAGUGGAAGUUCAGAGUUGCUGCAGUGCUAGGGAUUUCGGGAUGGCUUGUUUUGUUUUGCUUCUAG